UAAUUUUUUUUAACGUUUUAAGCUUCAUUAUUUUUGAAAACUUUUAUGCAUAUGUAUUUUCAAUAUUUUACGUAUUUUGACUAAAAAGCUUCUCUUAUUAGAUUUCCGUUUCCUUAUCAAUAUAUAAAAUAUUUUUGCUUAAAAAAUGUCAGAAUUGUUAGACAAAGACACUCUUAGAUUUACAGAAUACGCUGCUGAAUUAAUGGUGUAUUUUGAACGUCAUAAAUUAAUUGAAAUUUCGAAGAAAAUUUUAGUGGAAUUAGCUUUAGAACGACCCGAAUUGGUACAGCAAUGGAUUGGCGCAAAUAUAAAGCGAAUCGCUUCAGAAAUUUAUAAGGACUGCCUUUUAGGUGGCAAGGAUGGAGUUGUUUCGAUGCUAAAUUUAUCGGCUGGCUACCUAUAUCGGGUGGUAAUAUUUGGUAGAAGGGGUUCAGGACGUAAAACCCAAGCUAUUAACUUAGCAAAACGUUUCAAUUUGGUUUAUAUUGAUGCUGAAAAUUUAAUUUACCAAUGUCUACGUGGUGAUGAUGAAAAUCCCAAUGACCCAUUAGCUCGAGAGCUACAGCGAUCUUUCUAUUAUAAUAACUGUGAUGCCAAAGGAAAGGCCUUAGCUGACAUAAUAUCUCGGCGUAUAAUACAUCAAGAUGCCUUGCGUAGAGGUUGGGUAUUGGUCAAUUUUCCGAAUACCGUAAAUGACUUUAAGGAAAUAAUGGAGCAUUGGAAGGUGCCACCAAAUAAAUUAGUCUACAUGAAGUGCUCAGAGAAGAUUUGCUUGAAACGUUUACUGAAUUCAGCAAAUAUAGGCGCACCUUACCAUACUUGCUCUUAUUACAACCAUGAAGUAAAUAAUUGUGCCUUCUUUAAUCUUUACUGAGAUUCCCUUUUGAAUGUUUUACACGUCGCUUCAUUUUAGAUGUCUUUUUAUAAUGCACACGAAAAGAGGAUUGAAAACUAUCUACGGCACCGCCACGAAACUCUUUAUGUAAACUCUGAGGGAUGUUCAGAUGAAGUGAAAUUGAGUCUGCUAUCCUCUAUAG